GUAGGCUCGAUAUCCAACAUCAAUCAAUCACUGAAAACUCGCUAGUCAUGACAAUGAAAACCUACCCCAUUACGGGUGUCGCAAGUCAAGCGCCCCGACCGAGACGCAAUAUCAAUGACUUCGCCCAGGAUCCACUUCAGUGGAACCUGUUCCUCCAGGCGUUGAUAAACCUCCAGUCGCAGGGAGAGGAUACGCAUAGCCCUCUUGGAUAUUAUCAAGUUGCAGGUGUUCAUGGGACGCCCUAUAUACCAUGGAUGGAGAAGGCAGAUGCGGAUGAUAGGGCGGGCGAUUACUGCACUCAUGGAACUGCCUUAUUCCUUACCUGGCAUCGUCCUUAUCUUUUACUCUUUGAACAACGUAUCGUGGAAGAAGCUCUCACAAUCGCUAGAAACUUUAGCGAUAAAUACCGCGCAGAGUAUGAGGAAGCCGCUUUGAACAUUAGAAUCCCGUACUGGGACUGGGCAACCGACUCGGAUGUUCCGCAGAGCAUCAGGUUCGCGGAGACGGAUAUAACACUUCCGGAGGUUGGAUCUGAUGCUCCGCCCGUCACCCGGAAGGGUGUGCCCAACCCUAUGUAUUCGUACAAAUUCAAGACAAGCAUUAGGAGGCAACGAGACUUUUCCAUCGUCGGUGUUCAGGAGAUGGUUGCCUGGGAAGAGACGAAGAGAUGCCCCGAUGAAAAAGGGAUCAGUCACCCCGAAAUCGUAGAUCGGCAACUUAGAAUCCCAACAGUUAAUCCUACCGCUGGUUCUAGCUUCCGCGAUCCUAUAUAUAAGCUAUUGACGUUGGUUGGAUCGUAUGGGGCUUUCGGUAAUACCGGUUGGCAGACUGGUCGUCCUGGACCCAAUAAUAUUUCGUUGGAGCACUAUCACAAUAUCAUUCACACCUUCACUGGGACGAACUAUAUAGAGGAGAAUUCCAAGGAGGGCCACAUGUCAGAAGUGGGCGUGUCCGCCUUUGACCCUAUUUUCUGGUGA